AAUCAAAGUGCUGCUCACUUCGUCUUCUGACCUUCCUCCUGAUCACACUGGUCAUGGUCUUCUUGGGCACGGGGGUCCUGAGCCCAAGAAUUCCGAUGCUGGAGGCCACACCAGAAGGAGAAGGCAGCAAGGCAGCUAGAAAACCUACUGGCCUGCAAGUCGUGAAAUCACCAAGGAUGCUUUAUCCCCAGCCCAAGGCACUAACACCCUCAAGGAAAGAUGUCCUUGACCUGACCCCGUGGCUGGCCCCAAUCGUCUGGGAGGGCACCUUCAACAUUGACAUCCUGAAUGAGCAGUUUCGGCUCCAGAAUGUCACCGUUGGGCUAACUGUGUUUGCCAUCAAAAAGUACGUGGCCUUCCUGAAGCUGUUCCUGGAGUCCGCGGAGGAGCACUUCAUGGUGGGACACAGGGUCAACUACUACAUCUUCACUGACCGGCCGGCCCAGGUGCCACGUGUCCCGCUGCGGGAAGGCCGCCGCCUGGUGGUUCUCGAGGUCCCAGCGGCUGCGCGCUGGCAGGACGUGUCCAUGCGCUGCAUGGAGAUGAUCAGUGACUUCUGUGCGCGGCGCUUCCUGAAAGAGGUGGCCUUCCUCGUGUGCGCGGACGUGGACAUGCGCUUCCGUGACCAUGUGGGCGUGGAGAUCCUGUCCCCGCUCUUCGGCACCCUGCACCCCGGCUUUUACAAGGCUGCUAGGGAGGCCUUCACCUACGAGCGCCGGCCUCAGUCCCAGGCGUACAUACCCCCGGACCAGGGCGACUUUUACUACAUGGGGGCCCUCUUUGGGGGGUCGGUGUCCGAGGUUCACCGGCUCACCACAGCCUGUCACCAGGCCAUGAUGGCUGACCGGGCCAAUGCCAUCGAGGCUGUUUGGCAUGACGAGAGCCACCUGAACAGGUAUCUGCUGGACCACAAGCCCACCAAGGUGCUGUCCCCAGAGUACCUGUGGGACGAGCAGCUCCUGGGCUGGCCGGGGGUCCUGAAGAAGCUGAGAUUCGUGGCUGUGCCCAAGAACCACCAGGAAAUCCGCAGCCGCUGAGGGGCGCGGGAAGGGCAGAGGGAGAACAUGGGGGGCCCUGGAUUGCAACCUCCAUGGCCGCUGGGCCGCAACUGCGCUUCCCUUUCCUGUCCUGUGGAGGGAAGUGUUGAGGCCUGGCACUGCCCCACUCCCCAAAUAUAGGCCUUGUUUGGCUUUGGGCA